AUGCAAAUGCAUUUUCCUCCCGCAUCAACGACAGCUUUAAUUUUUGUAAAAAUUUUUGCUAUCAUUCAUCAAUAUGAGAAUAAGGAAUUUUGUCAUGAAACAUCGAAUAAAAAUGAAAAUAUAACACACAAACUUUUGGGAAUAAAAUUUUCCGAUCAAGUAGAAACUCUUAGACAGUUAAUUAAAGCUUCAGUACCCACUGAACAUGCUGAAGAGUGGAUUACUCCAGAAGGUUUUUCACAACUUUUAGUUUUAGUCGGAAUGAAUGGUCAAGGGAUUGGAACAAGUUCUUUUAGUGAAUGGGUGAAAAAUGUUUCAAAAGCUGAGCUUCCCCUAAAAGAAAAACAAUUGAUAGAUAAUUAUAUUGAUGCAGUUUAUGAAAAUUUCGAGAAAGGUGUUGGAGAUUUUUUAAAUAAUGAAGGAUCAGGGCUUUAUGAACUUCAAAGUACAAUUAACCACAGUUGUAGUCCGAAUGCAGAAGUAACAUUUCCACAUUCUAACUAUCAAUUAGCAGUUGUUGCGACUGAUAAUAUUAAUCCUGGUGAUGAAAUAUGUAUUAGUUAUUUAGAUAUGUGUAGUUUAUCAAGAAGUCGUCAUUCCAGACAAAAAAUUUUGCAGGAAAAUUAUUUAUUUACAUGUAAAUGUCAUAAAUGUGAAGAGGAAGUUAAUCUCCCCGAUGAAACUAGUUCGGAUGAAAGUAUGGACAGCUAA